GUCCGCAGCCAGGAACUGCACCAUAGCUUGGAAUAUUCACUCUAUCUGCUUACUUCUCGCGUCUACAUCAACAAUCAAGUUCGAACCGAUCCUCAAGCAAGGCCAUGUCCCGACAACGGCCGCCGUCUCGAGCCACCGAUCGAGUGGCACUCAAUCCUCUCUCCGAACCCCUUCGACCGUACUCUGGCUACUCGGGUAUCAGCACCCGUCGACACGAGGAUGGCGGGGAACGUCCGAAUUCUCCGGACAAUGGCUCGUACUUGGGGGCAGAUCGUACGUACGAUUGGGAUCGGUCUGUGGAGGAGAUCUACGAGGAAUCACAGGAGCGAAUUCCCGAAGAUGACCCAUUAGCUAGUACGGUAGUCAAAAAUCUAUCACCAGUGACGAAACCGUAUUGGAAGUUGAGUGCUUCGGAAGUCGCGCGAGAGCGCUACCAGCGAGUACUCUCCGAUGCCUCAGUCGAGACCAAAUCAGAGCGGAAAGUCGCUAGUUAUCGCGAGCUGACUCGAUCUCUAAGGAAGGCGAAUGGUCCUUUUGGUAAGGAACUAGAACUGCUGGAUAACGCGAUUCUAUUCGUCCCACUGGAGAAGAGGCGUAAGCAAGCAAAGGAAGCGUUCACGCUCGCUGGGAAAAGGCCACCUACUCUUCCCCAAUGGAAUCGCGAGAAUGACCUCGAUCUAGCUUAUCGCUCGUACAGUUUCGAAGGUAUUAUUCGAUUUUGCUACAGGUAAGAUUCGAGGUACUGAAACCACAGAUGAGGAGGAAGAGGUUCCU